GCCAUGACCGCGAGCGCGCCGCCGCUGCUGCCGCCGCUGCUGCUGGCGCUGGCGCUGCUCGCCGCCGCCUGCUCCGCGCAGGGCUGGUGGGGCGGCUACCAGCCGCAACGGGAGCGGUGCCGCUCGCCCACGGGCGCCGAGGGGGAGUGCGUGCAGGUGACGCGCUGCCCGCCGCUACUGGCGCUGCUGCGCGCCACGCCGCGCCCGCCCGGCGCCGUCCAGUUCCUGCGCAGCUCUCUGUGCGGUUUCGAGAACCGCUACCCGCGCGUCUGCUGCGUCCAGGGCUUCCAGUACGAGCCGCCUGAGGUGGACGAGCAGAUGACGACGCGGCGCCCCGAACCGUCCAACCAGCGCCAACAGCUGGUGUCUGGCCACCCCAACGCACGCCUGCUGCCCACCGAAUGCGGCGUCGACUUCUCGGAGCGCAUCUUCGGUGGCAAGACAACCGAGAUAGACGAGUACCCCUGGCUGGCGUUGCUCAGGUACCGCGCAAGGGAUGGGCAGCUGCUGUUCCUUUGCGGUGGAGUCCUCAUCAACAGCAGAUAUGUACUCACAGCGUCCCACUGCGUCAACGGGAGGGACAUCCGUGAUUAUCGCCUGGUGAGCGUGCGGCUGGGCGAGUACAACACGGACCUGGAUCGCGACUGCGUGGAGGAGUACACGGGCGGCGAGACGUGCGCAGACCCGCCGCAGGACUUCGGCGUCGAGCAGUCGCUGCCGCACCCCGACUACGAGCCCUUCAGCUCCAACCAGUUCAACGACAUCGCGCUGUUGCGCCUCGACCGCGACGCGCCUACCACACACUACAUCCGACCUAUCUGCCUGCCGCCGGGCAACACUGGAAAGCUCUCUUACGCCGGUCGUGACCUCGUAGUCGCUGGCUGGGGCAAGACCGAGUCACGUGCGUUCAGCCCAGUGAAGCUGAAGGUCGCAGUGCCCGCAGUCACGGAGGAAGAGUGCAAAAGCGUGUACAGCGGACGGCGCACGGUGAGCUACGCGACGCAGCUGUGCGCCGGCGGCCAGGAGGGCAAGGACUCGUGCACGGGCGACAGCGGCGGCCCGCUGAUGGCGGUGGGCGCGGUCGGCGGCGUCAACCGCCACCACGUGGCCGGCGUCGUGUCGUACGGGCCGCGCCAGUGCGGCCAGGCCGGCUGGCCCGGCGUCUACACGCGCGUCGCCGCCUACGUGCCCUGGAUACUCGACUCCGUGCAGCCCUAGCCGGGGCGGUGCCAGCGCCCGUCCCCAGUUUCACAUUCCUUUUAAAUGAACCGGGGUUGUCUUCACGGACAGUUUAUACUUCCUACGUCCUGGUUGCAAUAUUAAUUUGCCUAAAAAUAAAAAUGUGUUUCUUUGUUCCUGUUACUGGACUGGUUACAGCGCUAACGUGUCUAUUUGGUAUUAACAAGUCGUGACGAAACACUUGUCCCACUACUAAGAGGAUCUGUCGGUCGUUCAGGCAGCGUCCUGAGACACAGGACUCCUCUGAAUGAAAACGAAAAAAACCACCCUACAAUUUAAAAUUUUGUUAGUCAGUUGCAAAACUACAGCUGAUGCUGAGAAUUCGGUAAUUUCUUGUAAAUUUCAUAUUCAACUUUAGACAUACAAGGAAGGAAUAUCCAUCGAGUGAAAAUUCAGUUGGGCAGAAAGUUAUUUUUGUUACCUACAUAAACCGAUCCCAAAAGUCACACGAUUGAUGCGGCGAAAGGUUGCUCCAUAAGUACUCUGAGAAUUUUGGAUGUUAUGACAUCGCUAAUACAGACAGAUCCCGUUCAGAAGCACCGUGCAUUUUGUAAUCGCACUCCGUAGGCAUCUUAAUAAUUUCCAAACUAUAUCUGGAAUGAUCUUGCCUUCUAAGAGAUAACGGCGAGAGCGUUUGACUUAUUUGCGAUAAGACGCCACUAAUUCUCUCUGUAGGAAAAGAAGGCACAGCUAUUUUUAGGUUUAAUACUGCACCAGAUCGUAUUGCAGUUUGUGUUUUAACAUGGCCUCAUAGUACACCAAAGUGAAACAGUGCAGAAAAAGAAAUUGAAUCUGGAGCUAUCAUAUGCUCCCAAUUACGAGUUUACCACACAAUGAAAUAUUUUUACGGAUGAAACGGUUUUCAACAACUAAUCUAUUAAUCGUACAUACUCAUUGUCCAUGACUAUUGUGCCUACUUUAAAAUAUGCGACAUGCUUUGGAGAUCUGUAUAAGCCGGAGGUAAUGACUUGUACUGUUUUUCAUAAAUCUUGCUUGUAGGUGAAACUGGUCGAAAUAUGUAUGUAACGAAAUAUGUAUGUAAUGAACUGACUGGCAACACACUACCGAA